UGGUGGCAUUGCUGACUUAGAAGUUAAAAUACAGUGACUACACCCGUCCUCCAGGGAUUUUUGCCGCACGAGAAGAAGCUGUCAGAGAUGAAUAACAACUCCCGGUGCACGUUGGUGUGGAAGCACAGAGAGGUUGACAGUUGAAAGGAGUGAAGGAUUGGGAUGCAUUACUAGAGAAAGGCAAGAAUGAAUCCCAGCCAGCUUCUAGUGUGGUGCAGUGAACCGUGUACAGUUCCUUCUACUUGGGGACCAUGCAGAGAGCUUCACGUCUAAAGAGAGAACUGAACUUGUUAGCCACAGAGCCACCCCCAGGCAUCACUUGCUGGCAAGAUAAGGACAAAAUGGAUGAUCUUCAAGCUCAAAUAUUAGGUGCAGCUGACACACCUUAUGAAAAAGGUAUUUUCAAGCUGGAAGUUACCAUUCCCGAGAGGUACCCCUUUGAACCUCCGCAGAUCCGAUUUCUGACUCCAAUCUAUCAUCCAAACAUUGAUUCUGCUGGAAGGAUUUGUUUAGAUGUCCUCAAAUUGCCACCAAAAGGUGCCUGGAGACCAUCCCUCAACAUUGCAACCGUACUGACUUCUAUUCAGCUGCUCAUGUCUGAACCCAACCCUGAUGACCCACUCAUGGCCGACAUAUCCUCUGAAUUUAAGUAUAAUAAGCCAGUCUUCCUCAAGAAUGCCAGGCAGUGGACAGAGAAGCAUGCAAAACAGAAACAGAAGGCUGAUGAGGGAGAGAUGCCUGAUGAUCUUCCAGAGGCUGGUGACUCAGAAGUACGCAACACAGCGCAGAAAAGGAAAGCCAGGCAGCUGGGAGGCAUAGAAAAGAAAUUUUGCUCUGACCUUUAGGGGUUUGUCCUGGUCCUAGUUAAUAUAUUCUUUGUUAAGUGGUCUAAUCUGCCUACCUCUUUCUUGGAUGUUUUUCUUUGUAUUUGAUGACGUUAUCAUCUUUCCUGUCCUAUAAAACAGACCUUGUGUAUUUAUGGAUUCUGCUCUACAGUGAUUCUCUGAGGCUAGUUUGUUUUAUUUAGCUUGUACAUACAUAGUUUGAAACCUUUUAAACCUGAAAAAUAAAUAACCACUUAAUGUUGA